AUGUCUGACUUUUUUCUUAUGGAAGAUGUCUGGAAUGAGAUUUGCAAGUAUCUCGAGACCGGAGACCUCAACAGCAUUUGCUUGACAUCCCGCACACUAAAUCGUGUUGCCACUCGCUAUCUCUAUCGAAAGAUUCAAUGGGAUUGGAAUGACAAGAUGUCUCGAUACCGACUCAUGUCGCUGUGGACAACUCUUGUCCGAAAUAAGGACUCACGCAGCCGCCUGUGUGGCUUAAUCCGAGAGGUGCACUUACUGGGGCGCAGUCCUCCCCAAAAGACUCAGAUCUUUGAGAGUCCUGGGAUCCAAGGGUGCAGUCCUGACCUGACCUCUAUCAUUAAGAAUGAUAAGAUGCCCUUUUCCCAGGAACUCGACUAUCUUCGAUACAUUGUGAGUAGUAUCAUAGAAAGCCGGAAGGACCGUUCAGAUUGGUACAAGUCCAUUGCAGCACGAAACGUCUACGCCAUGGUGGCCCUCCUCCUACCUUUUCUCUAUAAUCUAAGGUCUCUCAAGCUCGAUUACACCUUCCUUGUUAACGGCGGACUUCCUGGAGUGAUAAUUGAACGCCUCACUUCUGGUGAGAAUUUAUAUUCCGCAGAGUUGCGAAAUAACUUUGACCACCUCGAAGAAAUCGAUUACGGAACCAACGCACUACAAAAAAGUCUUCCAUGUAUGCUUGAUGACACACACGUUCCGAGUCGUUUUUCAUCACAAGUGAUCCCAAUAUUUCGGUUACAAAAGAUCAAGCACCUCAAAGUCUGGCUACGUAGCCAUCAUGGUCUUCAGCUCGAGCGGGUUCCAGGUAUUCAAAUGGACUAUACGGCACUCGAAACCCUUAUCCUGGACCACGUUUCAAGAAUGGACUGCGCGCUCUUCAAGAUCUUACAAGGAAUGAAAAGCCUUCGAACUCUUCACCUUGGUAUGAACAACGAAGAGGAAAGAUUUUGGCAUCAGUCUACACCCUCUUACGUUGAUGGAGAAUGCAUUUUGAAUGGACUGGAAGCAUUAUAUGGGUGUCUGGAGCACCUCUCAAUCAGCUUCUCUAGCACACCAUUAGUCCUGGAGAAUACCAGUGACAUCGACAUAUGGGGUCCUUUAUUCAGAUCUAUGAUGCCUGGAUUCUUUCAGGGUUUUACCCGGCUCAAAACACUCGAAUUACCGGUCCAGCUGCUUAAUGGAUUCGAGAGGAUAGAAGUGUCUUGUAUAAAUCGAGGUUUACCAGUAACACUGGAAAGGCUUGGCCUACGGUGGGACUUUCAAUAUGUGGGAAGGGAAGACGGGUCGACCUCCCAUACAGUGCGCGUUCUCCAGAAACUGUUGGCGGAUUUCCUUCGGUUGUCGGACCGUCAUCGGCGGGUGCCUCUAUUGCAGGAAGUGAUUAUCCGUCUGUUUAUCAGCGAUGAUGAGCCUGACAUAGCAGUAGAGGAAUGUGACGACUUGAUUGAGGAAUUCAACAUGUAUGUUGGAGUUCGCUUUGAUUAUAUGCGACCAGGACUCUGGACGAACGGACCUUGA